AUGUCGCUCUUUACCGCACAGCUUCAUCCCGGACGGGGUCUGGGCUUCUUCACCCUCGGCGCGUCCCUCCACGAUGUCCUGACCCGCGUCAAGGCCGAACCGCAAGCGUUCCCGAAGCUCGAAGUCCUCUACUCCCGCGACCAGCCCGUCACCGAGCCGGUAUGCGUCGUGCUGCCGCAGAACGGAAUCAGGCUGCGCUUCGACGGGCCCGAGCAGCGCCUCCGCCUGAUCGAAGUCAUCGACUUUACAAAGAGCCACAUCACCUUUAAGGACCGCGAUCUGGUACGGCCGGCCGGCGCCGGCGCCGCCCCCGAGGCGGUGCCCGGGGAGUCUUCUGCGGGGCCCACGUUCAGGCACAUCUACCACCGGCUGCUGGGGCCGACCUACGCGGGCGAGUUCAUCCCGCCGGCGGGGUCGUCGUCGUCGUCGUCGUCGUCGUCGCAGGGCAACGGGACGUAUGUGCUGUCGUAUCCCGGCGUGGCCUUCAACUUCUCGGUGCCCACGUCGGUGUACUCUGCGGACAAGGACGUCGUCUCUCUGCUCUCCGCGUCGUCGUCGCAGGUUGCCACGUCCAUGGCCGUGUUCAGCGGCAACUCGUGGGCGGAGGUCCGGCCGACGCUGUGGACGGAGGUGCUGCCGAGCGUCAAGGUGACGUCGACGAUUCCUCGGGGCAAGGACGUCUACCCCGACGAGGUGUCUCUGGUGCGGCUGCACGGCGGAGGCAAGAUCCAGCUGUUUCGGAAGUGGACGACGAGCUCCUCGUGGAUCAUCCUCGGCGAGACCACGCCGCAGGAGAUCGUGGCGGAGCUGGGGCCGCCCAAUGCGAUUUACCGCAAGAACGACCAGAAGAUGGUGAUUCACAAGAUGCGAGCUGCUAGCAAUACUCAUGGGCGUCCUACCGUCAAGGAUCUGGGGCGGCCGGACGAGUCGACGGAUACGGAUCAGUCGUCCAUGCAUACUGGGUCUGACGAGUCGGACAACGAGGCCGCGGUGGAAGACGAAGGGGGCGAGAACGCGUCGGGAGAGUGCUUCUACAACUACUUUUACUUUGGGUUCGACAUCCUCAUGUCCACGCCUGUGCCGCCGUCGAGCCUGCCACCGGGCGAGACGCAGGUGCCGGACGACGUAGGAAACGGCCUCCAGAACCACGCGCCCGACCGGCUGGUGGCGACGAAGCUGGUGCUGCACGGCAACAUCCCCGGCUCGUACGAGUUCAACCGGCACCGGCGGUGCCGCUGGGAGAUUAGCUACCUGGACGACCUGGUCGGGGACGGCGGGCACGUCAACUCGGAGAUGGAGUUCAAGGCGAUUGAGAGCCUGAUGAGGCGCAAGUGGGAGGGCGCGUACCCCGGCACGGCGGACAAGACGGCGCCGCAGCCGCGGCAAGGGGGUAUGGUCCUGAACCGCGGCUGGGGCGACAGCCCGGGCAGCAGCUGCGAGUUCUUGGGCGGCUGGGAGGAGAGCGGGGCGAGGAGGCCCGAGGCGAACAAUGGGGAUUCGACGACGACGCUGUAUGGGUUUCCGGGGAUGGUGUUUGAGGUUUUGAGGAAUGAUUAUGUGAAUACGGUGACGGUGUUUUGA